AUGGCUGCUACAAGAGUUGGACAAAUUCUGUUCAAUAAAGGAUUGCAAAUUGGUCGGAAAUCACAAUAUUUCACGUCAAAUGUGAAAUAUUAUUGUUGUGAGUACAGUAUUAAUAAGAAAAAGGAAUAGACUUAUUGAUAUAAAUUGUAGUACAUGCUUAUAUAAAUCCCUAGGAUUAUUAUAAUUUUAUUAUUAUUAUAAUUUUAGUUUAUGAAACAUUGGUUUAACGUUAUUCAAGUAUCAAGUUGGUCAAUUAUAUAUAGGACCAUUGUAAGCAAUGGAAAAUAACGUCGAUGGAAUAUAGUCGGCUAUAAUAAAGAUUUCAAAUUCCAUGUGCUGCUAUAUUAGGUAUAUAAAUAAAUUCUUAAGGUCAAUGUUAGAUGUCGUUAAUGACGUUCAACAAUCUUUUUUUUUUAAAUUAAGAGUAAUGUAUUAUAGUAAUUUAUAUUAUUUUAAAUUACAUUUUAUACGAAGUUUAAAAAAUGACCAACUAUAGAUUCACUAUUAAAAUGAAAAGUCAUCAUUAAAAUGUUCACAUGAAUGAGAUCACAUUUUGGACACUCAUCUCAAUGACCUUGAAAUAUACUGUCAAUGUCAGUGUCAACAUCUUAAAUAAUUUCAUGUACAUACUAGAUAUAUAAAGGAAGUUUAAUUAAACAGAAUAUUUUAAUGUAAUCUUUUAAUUGUAGGUCAGGUACAACAGAAUUAUGAGUUCAUCAAGGUAGAAACUACUGGUGAAAAAAAGAAUGUUGGUCUGAUUACAUUGAACAGACCAAAAGCUUUGAAUGCUCUUUGUAACAAAUUGAUGACUGAAUUAAACGAUGCUGUGGCAAAAUUUGAUACGGACGACAGUGUCAGUGCCAUAAUCCUGACUGGCAGCGAAAAAGCAUUUGCAGCUGGAGCUGAUAUCAAAGAAAUGCAAAAUAAUAGCUAUUCGCAAACUAUUAGAGGGAAUUUCCUUGCCCAUUGGGAUGCCAUUACACGAGUUUCGAAACCAGUGAUUGCCGCGGUAAAUGGAUAUGCUUUAGGCGGAGGCUGUGAAUUAGCAAUGAUGUGCGAUAUCAUCUAUGCCGGAGAUAAGGCAAGAUUUGGCCAACCAGAAAUAAUCAUUGGUACCAUACCUGGAGCAGGUGGUACUCAAAGAUUAACUAGAGUUAUUGGCAAGAGUAAAGCGAUGGAAAUGGUACUAACAGGAAGUCAAAUCACUGCUGAAGAGGCAGAGAAGAGCGGUUUGGUUAGCAAAGUCUUCCCAGCAGACAAGCUUGUUGCUGAAGCAGUCAAAUUGGGUGAGCUGAUUGGUUCUCAUUCUCAAUUAAUUGUUGCCAUGGCAAAGGAAUCUGUUAAUACUGGUAAUCAUUAAAAUUAUGUAGCCGUCAUUUUUAUCAUUCAUUUAUUCAAAUAUUCGUUUCUUUUCUCCCUAGCAUAUGAAACUACCUUGAAGGAAGGACUCCACUUUGAAAAGAGAAUGUUCCAUGGGACAUUUGCAACAGUAAGAUUUAUUUUUUGUAAGUAUGUCAAUUUAAAAUGUAUAUUUAAUUGUAUAUAAUUAAAAUUUCAGGCUGACAGAAAGGAAGGAAUGACUGCGUUUAUUGAGAAAAGACCACCCAAGUUUAACAAUCAAUAA